AUGGCAAAUCUAGCUUUGGACUUGUUAAUAUCAGCUAGCGAUUUGGAGCUAGGAGGUCCAUCAACUCCAACUAAAAUAGAACUCAAAAUAGGGCUAAGUCGUGGACCUGUUAUUGGGGGUUAUGUUUACACUGGUGGUUUAAAAAGAUUUCGAGUUGUUGGAGAAACUAUUACUAAAUCGACAAAUUUAGCCACAUCUUGUUAUCCAAAUAGCAUACAUUUAUGUGUAGCAGUUAAACAAUAUUUAAAGCAAACAGGAAUAUAUGAUAUACGAAAAGAAAUCAGACCCUUGGUAACAGAUGACGAUUCAGCUGAGAAAUUAGAGCAGUGUUUUUGGUUGUUCGGUAGAAAAGUGUCAUGUGAUGUGUUUCAUAAAACUAACUAUGAAGCUGGCUCAUCUCUACAUCUUCCCAAAACUCCCGAAUACACCUUCGAUAUUAAUGAUUGUUAUACUAAUCGCCAUCGCUAUAAAUUUCUUUGA